ACACGUGGAACUGUAUUUUUAGUUAUAUGUACUGUAUCAUUAUCGUCUCCUAGACGGUACUACACGUACUGUGACUACAUACACCUACAUUUUCAUUUAUAGCAUUUUGAUUCUAGUUGAAGCUACAAAUGGGAAGUUGUUACCAGUUUUCUAAUUUCUUUGUUAAAAUCUUACCUUAAAUAAAAUCAGAAAUAUACAAACCAUUACAUUUCAAAGGAUGUUUUUAAACGUCACCCUACAUAUAUCAAUUCAAAGACCAAUUUCAACGUAAAUCGUCUUUACGAGCAGACUGGGGUCAUAUCAUUGGAUAAUUAUCGCGUGGGAUGCGACCCAAUCAUCAUUCUAUACGACAAUCUCGUACUGAGCACUUGUUUUUUAUAGUAACAACAAUGCUAUUAUUACUGUUUUGUCUGUAUUUGAUAAGUUCAGUGUUGACCGCUGAAUUUACUUUACCAGGAGAAUGUCCAAAUGUCAAGUUACAGGAGAAUUUAGAUUACACUAAAUUUUCAGGUCUUUGGUACAACGUGGCGAGUUAUGCAAGCGAUGGUCGACCAAUUUACGACUGCGCCACUUUAGAUUUCCAAGAGGACAAUCUCGGGUAUACUCUUAGGGAGAAAUAUGUUGAUCUGGACCAAGGCAACCGCACUCAGAAGUCAUAUUUCGCUCGGGUUGAUCCAACAUUUGACGCUGGUAAUAAAGCGCAAUUCAUCGUUAGCCAUGAAGAUGGAGAUAAAGUUCUACAGUUUCCAUUCUUCAUUCUAUCGACGGAUUACGAUGGAUACGCUAUUGCUUACACUUGCAAGACAUUGAAAAAGAAGCAACGUACACAUUACGUAUUCACUUGGGUUUUGGCCCGAAGCAAGGACAAACUUCAAGGAGACGUUCUGAAGAAAGUAGAGGAUUCCCUUUCAAAAUACUCGGAGCUCGCUGAACACAGACAGUCCUUCGUGCUCAAAGAAUUCUCAGAACAAAAUUGCGCCUAUACUAGCAAAUUCGAAACAGAUUUCUUUACAAGCAAUUUUUGGUAGAUUACGUGAAUAUUGUUUCUUGUUCGUAUAUUUCAUCAAACAAAUGUUUAUUUGUAUGUACAUUUUAAUAAGA